UUUUUUUUUUUUGAUAAAAUUUUUCGAGAGAAAUGUUCGCUAAAAGUAAUCAUUUAUUCAAUGGAAGUAAAAAUUUGUUAAAAAGGUUUGCUUCUACGAAUGCAACCGUACCUACUUAUAAGUUGGUCGUUAUUGGAGGUGGAACUGGCGGACUUGCAGUAUCUUCUACAUUAUCCAAGAUUCUUGGGCAAAAUGAGAUAGCAAUAAUUGAACCGUCUGAUGUUCAUUAUUAUCAACCACUAUGGACAUUUGUUGGAGCAGGGGUUAAAACAUUAGCGGAUUCAGCUAAACCAACAGAAGAACUUAUUCCGAAAGAUGCUUACUGGAUUAAAAAUAAAGUAGCAAAAGUCCAACCCGAUAAUAAAUUAAUUGAAUUAACGGAUGGUCAGAAGAUAGGAUACGAUUAUUUGGUUGUGGCAACAGGACUUGAAUGUCAUUGGGACAAAAUUAGAGGACUUCCCGAAACACUUGGUAAAGACGGUGUCACUAGUAAUUAUUCUACAGAUACUGUUGAAACAACAUGGAAGUUUAUCCGAGAAUUUAAAGGUGGAAAUGCUAUCUUCACUAUGCCAUCUACUCCCAUUAAAUGUCCGGGAGCGGCUAUCAAAGUAGCUUAUUUAGCGGAAGAUACUUUUACUAAAAAUCGAGUCAGAAACAAAAGUAAUGUAAUUUAUAAUUCAGCCAUGGGAAAAAUAUUUAGUAUAGAUAAAUAUGCAAAAAGUCUCGAAAGAGUGGCAAAAGAACGAGGAAUAGAAGUAAAUCUAGGUACAGAAUUAAAAGAAAUUCGUAGUCAACAAAAAGAAGCUGUAUUUAAUUGUAAGGGAACAGAAAAAGUUUUUAAUUAUGAUUUAUUACACGUAACACCACCAAUGGGACCACCAUCAUUUAUUGGAGAAUCUGGUUUAGGAAAUAAACAAGGAUAUGUUGAUGUAGAUAAAUAUACGUUACAACAUGUCAAAUACCCAAAUAUAUUUUCAUUGGGUGAUAGUAGUUCUGCUCCUACGUCAAAGACUGCUGCGGCUAUUUCUGUUCAAAGUGGUGUAUUGAAAAAAAAUUUAUUGGAUACUAUGACGGGUAUAUUUGAUCCCCAUACCGCUGCUAAAUAUGAUGGUUAUGCUAGUUGUCCUUUAUUGGUAGGAAGAGAUAAGUUAAUUUUAGCCGAAUUUAGUGGUUAUACUAGUUUACCUUUGGAAACUUUCCCCAUUGAUCAAGGUCAAGAAAGAUCUUUCAUGUAUUGGUUAACAAAAGAGGUUAUUCCUGAAAUAUAUUGGAAUGGAUUAUUGAAAGGAACUUGGACUGGUCCACAAAGAUUCCGUAAUUUCUUUUCAUAUUUACCUUAAAUGAGGAAAUGAGGUGAUUUCAAUGAUUCAAUGAUCAAACUUUUGAAUAUCUUGCGAUAAUCCCUAGUUGUAAAAUAGGAUUCUAUUUUUUUUUUGAUUUCCAUAUUAUUAUUUUUUUAUAUAUUUUGGUCAGAUAUUCGAAUACUAUGACGAAAUUAAGGUUUUAAUAUACAAAUUU